AUUGACAGUAAUGCCAGUUACUUGAGAGCAGCCCGGGCAGGGAACCUAGAGAAGGCUUUGGAUUACCUGAAGACUGGGGUCGAAAUCAACAUCUGUAACCAGACUGGGGUCGAAAUCAACAUCUGUAACCAGAAUGGCCUCAACGCCCUCCAUCUGGCCUCUAAAGAGGGCCAUGCCGAGGUGGUCACACAACUCAUCAAGCUGGGAGCCAAUGUGGACGCUGCAACUAAGAAAGGGAACACAGCUCUCCACAUAGCGUCUCUGGCUGGUCAGGUGGAUGUAGUGAAGGAGCUGGUGACCAGCGGAGCUAACAUCAACGCACAAUCUCAGAAUGGCUUCACUCCUCUGUACAUGGCUGCUCAGGAGAAUCAUCAGAAGGUGGUCAGAUACCUGCUGGACCAUGGCUCCACACAGGGCAUCUCUACAGAGGAUGGCUUCACGCCCCUUGCGGUGGCGUUGCAGCAGGGACAUGAACAGGUGGUCUCUCUGCUCCUGGAGAAUGACACUAAAGGAAAGGUCCGGCUCCCGGCGCUCCACAUCGCCGCGCGGAAGGACGACACCAAGGCUGCUGCCCUGCUGCUCCAGAUCGACCACAACGCAGAUGUCGAGUCCAAGAUGAUGGUGAAUAGGACCACAGAGAGUGGCUUUACUCCGCUGCACAUUGCUGCUCACUACGGCAACAUCAACGUGGCAACGCUCCUCCUCAACCGCGGCGCUGCCGUGGACUUCAAGGCCAGGAAUGACAUCACACCGCUGCAUGUGGCUUCUAAGAGAGGGGAAUGGCAACAUGGACGAACGUGUCUGUCUCCCCUCCACAUGGCCACCCAGGGGGACCAUCUGAACUGUGUUCAGCUCCUGCUACACCACGAGGUUCCUGUUGAUGAUGUCACCAACGACUAUCUGACGGCCCUGCAUGUCGCCGCCCACUGCGGACACUACAAGGUCGCCAAGGUCAUUGUGGACAAGAAGGCCAAUCCCAACGCCAAAGCACUGGUGGACAUGGACACUAAGUGGAUCUCUAUUCUGGUGUUUUUGUCUUUGAUAGGUGACAUGGUGGACAGGACAUCUAAGGUGGAUCUCUGUUCUGGGGUGUUUGUCUUUGAUAGGUCGGGUCUCACUCCGAUCCAUGUGGCGGCUUUCAUGGGACACGAUAACAUCGUCACUCAGCUGACGAAUCAUGGAGCUUCUCCAAACACAACUAAUGUG